UUUCAACGUUUGGGCCAGAAUAUGUAGGAAGAUGGUGGGUCUCGGCCCAAAUGGUGUAUCCAACUCAAGUAUAGCCCUCAACAAAAGGAAGAUCCAUCCGAUUCCAAUCGCAAUUCGGCAAUUCGCGCAGUGUUGUUUAGUGUGGGAAUGGCGUCAGGAUGGGGAAUAACGGGGAACAAAGGUCGAUGUUACGAUUUCUGGAUGGAUUUCAGUGAGUGUAUGUCUAAAUGUAGGGAACCUAAAGACUGUUCCCUUCUUAGAGAAGAUUAUUUCGAGUGUCUUCAUCAUUCCAAAGAGUAUCAACGUAGGAACCGUAUCUACAAAGAGGAGCAGCGCCAGUUGAGAGCUGCUGCACAAAAGAAAAAGGAAGGUGGAGAUGGUGGUGGUGGUGGUGGUCAUCACUGACCUUUAUUAUUGAUCAAUCAUGGUUUUUAUCACAAUCGAAAGACAUGGAAGUAACUGUAUGUCAUUUUGAAUUUUGAAAUAAAGAAGUAAAUCAGUUGCAUUUGAUGUGAGCUGGAUCAUUGAAAUGGCUCUGUUCAGUUUCUUUCUCGUGUGGCCUUUGUUUUGUUGGUGAUAUGCAACAUAUGUUUAGGGGCACAUUUGCUUCUUACCAGUGGCAUUGGACUUAUGAUAUCAGUUCUUUAUUGGAAAUUUGAGACUCCUCAAAUGGAACGAUAACAAUGUCUCCACAAAUAUUUAUCCGCACCCAGUAUUUACGCCAAAUUGUGUAAAUUACUGUAUGUCAGUCUUGUGUAAUGAUGAAAUCAUAAUUUGCAUGCGCA